AUGGCCCCCAAUACUCAUACAACCCUUGUCACCUCCCUCAUUAUUAUAAUUUUGUUUGUCUUAGCGCGGCCAUGUCUUCUUUCUUUACUCCCUAAGGAAAAGAUUCUAGCCACCCUCCGAUUCCUAACUGUUAAAGGCGUUCUUACGGCCUUUUUCUUAAGCCUCCCUCUUGGCGUUCUAGUCCUCUGCGUCGAAGACAAUGCCUUAGCAUUCUCAAUCCCCUGAUUUAGCACUCCGAGCUUUAAUAUCUUUUUUAGCGUAAAAUACGACCUAUAUGCCGCUAUCUUUGUCCCCGUCGCCCUAUACGUAACAUGAUCCAUUCUCGUAUUCGCCACCUCGUAUAUAAAAGGCAACCCCAAAAUUGACCACUUCUUCUUAUUCCUACUUAUUUUCCUAAUCUCAAUGAUCCUCCUCGUGUCAUCUAAUAACAUGUUCCAGCUAUUCAUCGGCUGAGAAGGGGUGGGAAUUAUAUCCUUCCUCCUUAUUAGCUGAUGAUACGGACGAGCAGACGCAAACACUUCCGCCCUACAGGCGGUCCUCUACAACCGAGUUGGAGAUGUCGGAAUAUUAUUUACCAUGGGAUGAAUAGCAACAAAUCUUAAUUCCCUGGAACUCGAUGUGUUAUUCAACAACGCAGGAAACUAUAACCUUACCCCCCCCCUUUGCGGUCUAAUACUAGCAGCAGCUGGAAAAUCCGCUCAGUUUGGCCUUCACCCCUGACUUCCGGCUGCCAUGGAAGGCCCAACCCCCGUAUCGGCCCUACUUCACUCCAGCACAAUAGUUGUCGCAGGAAUCUUCCUCCUCAUCCGAUUUAGCCCACUAAUAGACGGCAACCAAUUCGCUCUUACUACCUGUCUUUGAAUGGGCGCCCUCACAACUUUCUUUACUGCAGUAUGCGCCUUAGCACAAAACGACAUUAAGAAAAUCAUCGCGUUCUCUACCUCAAGCCAACUGGGAUUGAUGAUGGUCGCCAUUGGACUCAAUCAGCCCCAACUUGCCUUCUUCCACAUCUGCACCCAUGCCUUCUUUAAAGCAAUACUGUUCAUAUGCGCAGGCUCCUUCAUUCACGCCCUAAACGACGAGCAAGAUAUUCGAAAAAUGGGCGGAUUAUUCAACAUCCUCCCUACAACCUCAACCUGCUUUACAAUCGGCAGCCUGGCAUUAAUCGGCACCCCUUUCCUGGCCGGGUUCUACUCAAAAGACGCCAUCAUUGAAGCCCUUGCCGUUACCCACCUCAACUCCUGUGCCCUCCUGUUCGUCCUUGUAGCCACCUCUUUUACGGCUGUCUACAGCCUCCGACUCAUCUACUAUGUCACAAUAGGCCAACCUCGAUUCUCCCCCCUACUCGCUAUCACCGAAAAUGACCCAGCAAUCCUUAAACCACUUGCCCGACUAGCCUGAGGAAGCAUUGUUGCGGGACUGUUAAUUACAUGCAUCUUUACCCCCUUUAAAACCCCUGUAAUAACACUCCCCCCCUUAGCCAAAACAAUUGCCAUCGUAGUCACAGUCAUAGGACUACUCUUCGCUCUUGAAUUAGCCAAACAAACCUCCAAACAGUUAAAACACUCCCCCAACCCGUUUACCCACCACUUCUCCAACAUACUAGGAUACUUUCCUCUAGUAUUCCAUCGAAUGGCUCCAAAAAUAAGCCUAUAUUUCGGACAGCACCUGGCUAAUCAAAUGAUAGACCAAACCUGAAUAGAGAAAUCUGGGCCCAAAAAAGCAAGCAACACCAAUGAAUCCGCCUCCGCCGCCCUAACCGCUGCCCAGCGAGGAAUAAUCAAAACAUUCUUAACCCUAUUCCUCCUCACCUCGGUCCUGGGAGUUCUAAUUGUGCUCUAUUAG